AUGGUCCUCGAGGAGGUGACACAAACCUUCCGAUCGGCAAGGGCGUUGCAGAUCGAUUUGGGUGUUCGCAGAGGUGACGUCAAGCUUCCCAUUCGGCAGGGGCGUUGCCGAUCAAUUUCGGAAGGUCUGGUUGUCCUUCACGUUCCGUGGCGGCCUUACCGAUUGACAAUCGGUUUGGUGGGCUUGGGUGUCUUGAGAGAUGUUGGCAAAGAGAAGUUUUGUCAUUUAAGAGUCCCCCUGUCAUCAGCUUGCUGUUCAGGAGGUAUGGAGAUGGUUUUGGGAUGUCCCAUAUUUUCGGUUGACGGCCUACCGAAUGGCAGCUAUGACGUCACGCUUGCCGAUUGGUAG